CAACAGCUUGGAAUGAUGGAAACGGUUAAGCUGGCCCCUCCCACUGAAGGCGAUAGGACGGCACUCCUCAGUCCCCGAUUAAUUUGCAUAUCAGGGCUAUAAAUAGUCCAAGUUCUGCCGUGCUCUUUGCUGUCUGAGUGUCUGUCACAGUGAGCCAAUAAAGAAAACGGUCUACCGUUCUGCGUUCUUCACCGCCGUCCUUCAGAGCGCCAGGCAGGAGUACCACAGAGUGGUCGUUUUCGCCAUGGAAAAGCAAGCCCUCUUCCUUCAAGCGGAAAAGAACGGCAACCCGGUGCGGCUGCGGAACGUCAGGCGAAGCUUGAGCUUCUCUGAUCCAGACGGCUUUGACGUACUGUGCUCUCGUGGGACCAGCGUCGAGGUGACCAGGCUGCCUUUUCUGCGGUGCGCGCCCCCAAGCUGCAAAAGGAUGACUGUAGCGGAGGUGAAGGCCCUAGGUCCGAGUACUGGUCCGUCCAGCAGUAUCGAGCAUAUCGCGGACUUGGAGGUGGCGGAGGGAGCAGCCAGCGGGGAAGAUGAAAAAUCAACGGCGCUUUUCAGCGCCACAAUAAAGGGCAUAGAAGUCACGAUACAACGUCGGUGUUCCGCCUGCCACUUCAAGCAGAGGGAGUUCGUGGAGAAGUCGAAGACGCACAGGUGCGAGGGUUGCAGGAUGAAGCAACAUGCGCUGUCUUUCUCUGCCAGCUUUGGUGGUAAAGCCACGGUCUCCACUGCGAGCGGCGAUGAAACGGUGCAGCUAUCCAGCUCGGCGCUCUCCACCUAUCUGCGCGACGCCGGCCUCAGCAGCAUGUCCAACGACGCAGAGGCGAUCGAGGAUCAUUUUUUGCAGGCUCCGCCAGUUGACCUCAAAGUUAACGUGGACGGUUUCCUCCUGUCCAUCCAGCCAGCAGAGGCCGGGCGGGCUGUCGGCGCGGAAGAUCAGUGGGACACCGAUGCAGACGAAGGCCAGGCACAGCCAGCGGAGCAAGGUGGUUCAGUUGCUUGA